AUGAUAUCAAGUGCCGAAAACACUUCUCAAAACCACCCGAAGCUUAUAAUGAUGGACCAGGUAUACAUUAUUUUUGAUGUGGACUGCGAAGGACAUGCAACAGAAAAAGUACAUAUUAGUAAAGUAGCACGUGCCCCACUCGUUGCCUUCCGAUUUCAGACAAACGCACCAACUCGAUAUAUAGUUAGCCCGAAAUCUGGUGUACUUGAUAACAGAAAUCCCCUUCCGGUGAAAAUCAUAUUGCAUGGUAACCAUUAUAAUCCAAAUCAUAUGCUUUUAGUGCAAGCAGUUGAGGUUAAAAGAAAGGAAGACGCUAAAACUAUCUGGGAUGAUCCAAAUCUUGACUGCUGCGAUGUCCAAACGAUUCGUUUCCAGCUUGGUACAACCAUUGUUAGCAUCAACAAAGCGUUAGGUUUUGACGACACAACAAAGAAAGUCCAAGCCUCCAUCUCACAAGCAUUGCUUCUAAGUCGAAGAGUUGGUAAGGAAAAAGUGCAAGAACUCGAAGAUUUAUUGGCAAUGCUGAAAGCAGAUAAGGAAAUACUUAUACAUAACAUUGAACAGACGGAAAGAUUGAAGAACGUGAUCAAAUCGCAAUUGAAACAGAGGAAUGAUCUUGCUGCUGAUUUCACCUCAAAAACGUCGAAAUUGAAAGAGGAAUGUGAAAAACUCAAUGAGGAGAUGGCUAAAAACGAAUGUGAACUCAACAACAUUUAUAACAACUUUCGAUUGGACGCGCCUUCGUCUCAGUAG